AUGACGGAGAGAAGGAAACGUAUAGAUCCUGAGGUUCCUGUAGAUAAACGCGGUGUUCGAGAUACUGGAUAUAAAUUAAAUGGCAAAUUUAUAAAAGUACCAGAAAUGAUUCCUGAAUUGAUUGUACCUGAUCUGACUGAUUUUAAAUUGAAGCCCUAUGUUUCAUACAGAGCUCCAGAUAUAAUACAGUCAGAAUUCACUGCAGAAGAUUUAUUUAAUGUAGUAUAUGCUAAAAAAAUUAUUGGAGAUUUUAAAGGAGGAAAAUUAAAUGAGGAUGGGACUCCUAAAGAACCAUCACCAGAGGAAAAGUUAACAUCAGAGGAAGCAACUUUGAAAGCUCGUCAAACAGGCUCUGAUAUAUUUUAGAAAAAUGUGUGUAUUGUAUUAUGUUGAUAUUUAAUGUAUAAUUUUUGAUUUAAAGUUUAAAUAAUACAGAUAAAUUUUAUUAGUU